UUCAUGGGCCCCAAACCGCGCGAGGGCCCCGGGAUGGCGUGUUACUACCUGGUUAUCAGCUCCACACACCUGAGCAAUGGACACUUUCGGCGCGUCAAGGGGGUCUUCAGAGGACCGCUGUGUCCCACUGCAACCAGUGAUUCACCGGAGCGUGCAGAGAGGGCUUUGGGCUGCUCAGUGGAGGAUCUGAAGGCUCUUUUCUACUGUGAGCUGUGUGACAAGCAGUACCUCAGACACCAGGAGUUUGACAACCACAUCAACUCCUACGACCAUGCACACAAACAGAGGCUGAAGGACCUCAAGCACAGGGAGUUUGCUCGCAACGUGGCCUCAAAAUCAUGGAAGGACCAGCGCAAACAGGAGAAGGCUCUCAGACGCCUGCACCAGCUUGCACAGCUGCAACAGGAAACACAGCGAGUUCCAGGAAGGACUUAUGGACUUAGAAGUACAGUCAGGGCUGUGAGCCAGCAGCAAGAUAGAGACGUGGACCAAAGAGACCACAGCCCUGAUGACAAACCUGAACCCUGCAACCGCACCCGGCAAACCCGUCCUACGCAAACCAGGACAGCUACUCUCAGCCACCAGCUAGAAGAUCCAUGCCAGUCUCCUUGCCAAAUACCACUGGCCACUGCUCUAGCAGAGUCCCAACUAAUCACACAUUCGGCAUCCAAUACAGACCCUCCUGCAGUGAACCCCGAGUCUUGCCUGGGGUUGUAUCCCCAGCUGCCUCUCCCUGGGCGGGGGAGAGUGGGAGGCAGGCUUGGGGUGUCCUUCUGCUUCUCACGGAGGGGGCCCAGGCUGGAGCCUUCUGCAUCCGUCUUCUCGGACCUUGAGGAGGAGGAGAGAGAGAAAAGGGAACAAAUGAAAGAGAGGAUAAAGGGAAUAAUGGAAGAUAUCGACAGGGAGGUUGGGGAAGCAGAGGAGAGGAAACACAGUGAGAGCGAAAAAAGAAAGUGUAGCUCUGAUGGUGCUGGGCCAAGCGACAUGGGGCCAAUCCCCAGAGAGACUGUGAGAGAAGAGGAGAUUGAAAAAAGAGACAUCAUGAAAGGACACUCUCUUAUUUCCACAGCAGCACCUGAUAAUCUGAGCCAUGAUUCACUAUUCUCCCCAUCACAGACCCGACUGACCAUAUGGGGCACAGCACUAGCAGGGGCACACAUGGAUACCGAACACACGGACAGUGAGACGGAGAGAAAGUCAGAAACAGAGGCAGGGAGGGAGGAGAGUCAACAUAUGUGUGUGCUAGGGAAAGAUGGCUCUACCCGUCUGAGAUGGCCUGUUAGUUUGCUUAAGUUCACCAAGUCUCAACCACACAUUUCCUACAGCUGCAACCCACUCUGUUUGAACCCCCAACCACCAGAACAACUCACAGAGGAUCUGCUGGAGUCACAACAGAAUCAGUUGUGUGCUCUCUCAGAUGAAUCAAACGCAUGUGUGCCAGUUAUUCUUACACCAGACGCUUACUCCUGUUUACAAAGACAGACAAGACAUGAGUUGAGAGCACCCAGACAGAAAAUAGCUGAGGAGAAUUUCAAGGCAGUGCAACAUAUCGAUGUGGAGACAAAAGCACACCUGUUCCUAAAAAAAAACCUUUCAUCAUCAGAAACAGGACCAGAAAAAGAAAGAUGCGGGCUAAGUAUGGAGAAUUGUUUGAGAACAGCCUCCCAUCCAUUUGACCCUGCCCAUAGUGACAGCUCUGACACAAACUCCCAGGAUCCUCUGGGAGGCAGAUUAGGGGAUGUGAGAGGGAUCAGGGAGAAAACCAUCACAGCCCUGAGCUGUAAAUUAGAGUCUGUCACCCAGUCUGGCACACAGGGGAUGUGCAUCAGCCCGUCCAGGUGUGAGUGUGGGAGUGAGACAAUGUGCGAGUGUGCCAGCGCACCACAUCCGCCGCACGUGGGUGUCUCAGAAGUGUCACGCAAAAAGAGGAAAGCUAGCACAAAGAAAAGCAAGCUGGGAAAGAGGAAGAGGGGCGAGAAGGAAAAGGCUUCAAACCAGCGCCAAUCAGCAAGGUGCAAGGUGAGGAGUGUUGUCUCUACAGUCUCCACUGGCAGAGAAGGGAGAGGAGAAGCUGGAGGGAGCUGGGGGAAGAAAAGGAGGCAAAGGGAGAGCGGAGAGAUAAGAGUGAGGAGAAGGGUGCGGAGAGCAGGGAGCAGCUGUCUCCUGGGGAGAUGUGAGGCUGAGCCAGUAUCUGUCUCUGUCAGGAAGAGGAGGCCUCACAGGAGCCACAGCACUGAGUCCCAGUCACAGCCAGACAGAGAGCAGGCAGAGCACUGCAGUGCCUACUCCCAGCUCACCAGACACACAGCAGACACAGACACCAAGGGGGAGGGAAAGCGAGACGGAGAUGUGGUGACUUUUCCCUGGCGGUCUCACUUCUCCUUACACUCCUUCUCACCAGAAUGUAACUCAAAGCUGUUUUGGGAAAGGGGUCACCAUAGCAACCCCAGGAGUUUCAUUGACUGCUGUUACCCUGACAACAGCUGUGGUAGCAGCCCGGCGAGAAAGAGAAAACUCCCCCACAGGGACAGGAAAUUCAUUCAUGGUAAAAGGAAGAGUUUGAGACAUCGUGAAGUCUGGGAGGAGAGGGGCAGGAAAAUGGGAGGGCAUUCAGACUGCAGAGACAGAGGCCUGAUUUCAGAUACAGAACAGUGGGAGUGGAUGAGAGGAAAUUGUCCUAGAGGUAGUGAGUACGGCAGGUCAAGGACUGGGUGGAGAUCAAGAAACAGAGCAGUGGAGAGGGAUCGGAUGGCAAGGUUUAGCCCCAGCCCUAGCAGCUGGGGCAGGAGAAGCAGACAUCUUAGCACAGAAGAUGUAGACUGGGACAGGUGCAGCGUGGACAGAUGGACAUGGGGCAGCAGCGACAGCUGGGAAGAUAGGGGGGCGCACAGAUCCACGUCAGGCUCCAGGACAGGGGCUGACAGCAGAGACAGCCCCGGCUGUGUGUGGAGAUGUACAGGCACCAGACUCUCAAGCUCGAGACACUUCUCCAGCCCUGAGUGGUGGACAAGCAGGCAGACAUACAGCCCCCAGACUGUGAUCAACACACGGGCCAGCAGAUGCCACAGCCCGCGCUCCUGUAGCCCCUGCAGCAGCACCAGCAUGUCUGAGCUGAGCUGGGAGUGGAGCAGGAGCAGUACCUGCUCAGGAGUCACAAUGGAUGGAUUGACAGUAAGCUCCUGCAGGACGUCCUCAGGAGCUCCAGGACUCUUGUCCGAGGCCCCUAGGGAGGCAAAGAAGCAGACCAGCUCUGCAUCCACUUUGUCCGGCCUUACCUCUAGUUCCCUCUCUCAUUCCUCGCCCCUCAGAUCCUCUUUAGCUCCCACAGUUCCAGGUCUCAACUCACACCAUUGUGAAACAAGUCCUUUACGGCUAAAAGAGCCCAAUUCGGAGUCUGACAUGGGACAAGGACCCUCAGCUCCUGUCACCACAAGCAGUUCAGGCACAAGUCUUCCAGGACUAUCCCCCAGUAAGUCUCUGCCCCAGAAACAAGCUAGGAUGCUGCUUCUCCCUCUCAUUGGGAAACUACCUGCAAUCCAGAGAAAGGCUAAGAGGAAAAAGUGGCUGCUUGAGAAGAGUCAGGACAAGGAGGGAGAGGAGGAAGAGGAAGCUAAGUGUAGUGGAGUGGAUCCCAGAGCAGUCAUCGACAGUCAGAAACAUCCUCUGGACAUGGCUGAGUCAAACCCCAGCAGCACGCCAAGUCUCUGCCCAUCAGAGAUUAGGACUGAUGACAAGCUGACAGGUGGAGAGACAGUACCGCCAAUCAGCUUUACUGCUGAGGAGAUGGACAAAUAUCGCCUCCUGCAAGAGCAGGCAAGAGAGCACAUGCAGAAAGUCCUGGAACAGACGCAAGAGAGUGCAGACACACACAGAGAGACAAACUACACACACACCACGCAGAAUGAAAACUGUGGGACUUCAGAGGAACAAUAUACACCUGUCCCUGCACCCGUGCACAACCCUUCACACCCUCAAACACAGUCAAUUCACACAGAUACAAUGCAAACACAAGCACAGCACACCCUCCAGGUCAGUCUCCCACUUCCACAUGUGACCCCUCAAGAAAACUUUCCUCAACCCAUGGCUCUGGGAGUCCCCAGCCUCCCCCCUCUUCCCACAUCCCCCCCUCUCUCCAGCCUUCAUCAUAUAAUUUUGCAACACGCAGCCCUCUCCAUGCCCCCUGCCUCCUCAUCUUCUUCCACCUCACCCCCCUCUCCUGCCAUCCACCCACACCCAGCUCCACUCCCUCACCCCCUUCCACCUCUCCACCCCUGCCUCCCUCAUCACCUUCACCUCUCUCCCUUCUCCAUCUCCUCCCUGUUUCCCUCUAUCCUGCUGUCCCACCACCCCAUCCCUCUCCUCCCUCAGUCUCCUGCUUUUCAUGCGACCCCACUAACGCCGCUCUCCCCAGUAGCACUACAACCUUUGAACCCACAGCCUUUCAUGGACAGAAUAUGGCCAGUGAGGUUUCAACAGAAGGCGUUAUGAUUUUCACAGAGUGGCUUCCAUGUUUAUUAAUCUUCCUUGGCAACACACACUGGUGAGAGAGAGAGAGAGAGAGAAGGAAUUUUUAGUUUGGACAAAAGCCUGCUGUUUGAAAUGGGGAUGUGUCAGUGCUCUUGUUAGCAUCAACUCCAACUCUUACUCACAAAUGCACUCGCAAACACACACACAUACACACACAUGCACACACAUGCACACACAAAUAGCCCAACUAUUGACUGUUUUCAAAUGAAAAUUUGUUUCUCCAUUUAGCCUCUGCUGUGUUGCAGCAGACAGUGAGAAAACAGACUUUGAUCCUUUGCUUUUUCCAUCAUUCCUCAUUCAGGCCCAGAAUAAAGGGAAAGGUGCACCUGCUAUUC